AUGGCUAGUGAGGAGAGUUUCGUAGUGUUGGUUCACCACAGAGGAUCCAUUAAGAGGAAAACUCGUUCUGGUGUGAAGUUCACUGAUAAGGAUCCUCUCUGUAUUAUCGUCAGGCCUACGACGAGGUAUGAGGACCUUGAAAUCGUAAAGUACGAUUGUUUCACGAUCGGGAGUGAUGAGGACUUGCAGGUCAUGUUUCAUUGUCGCCGGCAAUUUCCAGAGCUCGGGGGUUCGAACCGGAAUACCACCACUUUAGUCACGGUAGCCGGUUCUAGCUCCAGACCUGCCAUUGCAUCUUCCUCCGUCCCUGCGUACGAGUCACCCGUCCAACCUGUCGCCUCCCCUUCAUUCGCUGUUGAUCUCAACGGCAGUGUAGGCGACGAGGUCGGAGAAGGGAAAUAUCUGCGGACCUCUUUACGGUGUGCUGCACCGGCUGGGGUUGGAGAUGGAUUCUUGGAUGAUCCAAAGGACGAUGAUGUCGAGCCGGAUAUGAUUGCUGAUGACAAUGGCGAUGAUGUUGGAGCAAGUGAGCCUGUUGGGGCGGGCGGUGGUUCUAGCUCUGGCACGCAGCAGUACCCUCCACAUUUUUUCUCUUUGGACUUGGAUGCCAUGAGGCAGGAGGGGGUUCCUGGGCAGCCGACUGGAUUUGGCGCUAGAGAUGCUGAAGAGUCUGCAGGUCUGACAGAGUUUCAGGUUGGUCAGCAAUUUCCGGAUAAAGAAGAGGCCCUGUUAAGUGUCAAGACUUACAGCAUCCGUCGAGGGGUACAGUACAAGGUCGUGGAGUCUGACUAUUGCCGGUAUAUAGGCAAGUGUUCUGAGUUCGGAAAUGGGUGCACAUGA